AUGAAUUAUAAAUAGGAGAAAAAAAUAGACCAUAUAACACUCUAAUGUAAAAAAUAAUUCUGAAAAUAGAGCUUAGAAGUAUGGCUGAAGAUGGUGCAGGUGAAUCAUUAGCAGCAAGUCUUAAUUUAGAUUAAGAAGAUCUUAUUAGUAUAAAUGUUUGAUUAUAUUAUUUAAGUUUGCCCUUUAGAGUAGGUUUAAAGAAACUUUAAAGAGUUUAUGAGAUCAACUUCUUCUAUAGAAAUUGAAUAAGACAAUGCAAAAGAAAGAAUAGACUUUCCAGCUGAUAUGGAAUGGCCAACUGAAGAUGAUUUAGAAUAGAUGUUUCAAAAAUCUAUGAGCAAGUAAUAUUUAUUAUUAAAUUUAUGCAGAAUCUAAGGACGUCAAAAUAAAAAGAAAUGGAAAGAUAAUGAAAAAUAAUUUUUAACAUGGAUCAUUAUUAAAUAUUGUCUAUGGAAAAAUAAAGUUUGUAAAGAACUAGUAAUAUAUUAUAUUUUAAUUUAGAAUGAUUAAGAUUGGAGAUAUAUUGCUUAAUUAAUAGUUGGAAGAAAUGCUACAUAAUGUAAAUAUAAAUGGUUAGCACGAUCUAAAUUUAAAUUGGUUUAAGUACCUUGGAGUAAAGAAGAAGAUGAGGCAUUAGCUUCAAUUUAUAUGGAAUAUCAGAAAUAAGGAAAACAUAGUAAAUGGAGUGAAAUUGCUAAAGAAAUUGCACUUAGAUGCAAAACAUAAAUUGUUAGAUAAGGAAAAUAAUGCAGAGAAAGAUGGAUUAAUAAAUUAGAUCCAUAAAUUUCUAAGUAUAUUAUUUAAUCUAAUAUCUUAUAGAGGACCAUGGACUAAAGAAGAAGAAUUAACUUUAUUAUAAUUGAUUCUUAAAAAAGGAAAAAAAUGGUCUGAAAUUUCUAAAAUUAUGAAAAACACACGUACUGAAAAUUCCUUAAAAAACAGAUAUCAUACAAUUAUGAAAAAAGAAAGAAAUAAAUAACCUGAAGUUAAAGAAGAAAUUCAAUAAGAAAUUGUAGACUUAUUAUAAUAACAUAAUCAUAACUAUUAAGCUGAUAAUUUAGUUCAUUUAUAUGAAGAUAUAGAUCCAAAAGAAUUGAAAAUUAUUCUCUAAGUUAUCGAUAGAUUGAGUGAAAGUACUGGUAAAUAAAUUAGAGUAAGUACUUUAAUUACUGAUCAAUAAAUGUAAUAAGAACAAUUAUAUGAAAAAUAAUAAAAAAUUAAGUAAGAAAGUUAAAUUGAUUAAAUUCAAUAAAAAAAUGAAGAGGCAAAUAAUAAAUAAAGAUUUCUUGAUACAAUGGAAAAAAUCAAAAUUGAUUUGGAUUCAUAAAUUAAAAAACUUGUUAAUAAAUAGGAAUUAGAUUAAAAUUGUACUAUCAAUCUUCUUAAAUAAAUUUUAAAGCCUUAAGGUAUCAAUUAUAAUUAAUUCUUUAGAAAAUGAAACUAAUCAAUUGUAAUUUGAUUAAUAUUAUGACUAAAUGAUUCUUAAUUUCUAAGCAAAUUAAGUAGAAUUUGAAGUUGAAGCAAUUACUAAUUUAACAGCUUAAGAUGUUGAAGAUUGUUAAUUUGGGAUUGUAGAUUUUGAAUAAUCAAAUAUUUUUAUGAUACCUUAACAGUAUUUAUAGGAAGUCAUAAAUAAAGUUCAUGGUUCUUCAACCUAGGCUUAAGUUUAAUAAUAACAAUAAUUGUUGCAACAUUAAUAGUAAUAACAAUAAUAAUAGUAAUAAUAAUAGUAAUAAUAACAAUAAUAAUAAUAAUAAUAAUAGUAAUAAUAAUAAUAAGUUUAAUAAUAAUAAAUAUAGCAUUCUUAAAUGCUAUAAUAAUAACAAUAAUAGUAAAGGUUAACAAUUUCAUCAUCACUUAGAUAAUCUAUACCUUAAUCAUAAUAAGCUCAACCUCUUUAAACAUCUUAACUAUUUUUAGGAGAUCAAUUCAACCUUGUCAAUAGUCAAUAUGAUUUUGAAAAUCAACAAUAAUACUAAUAACAAAUUCCUGUACAAAUUCUCUAUCCCUAAAUUAUUUAUUAACCUAUAGGCUAAUCUAUUAAUUUAUCGCAAGGUCUAUAGUAAAAUUAUUGGAUGUCACAGUCUUAUUAUCAACCUUAAUAUUAUAUGAAGGCAUAAGAUUAAUAAUUUAACAAAACAAAUAUAGAAGAGCCUAAAUGA